AUGAAGAACUUUGGUACUAAUCCUCCAACACCAACACCUCCACCACCAUUCAGAUUUAGGCUUAUAGAGCAUCAGGCCAAAGAAGCUUACGAGGAAAAUAAGCUGACAAGUUUCCGAGAAAAACUCCAAAACCAAGAAUCCCAACCGGUUAAUCAAGAUCAAAGCCUCACCUUCUUACCCAACAUUACCAUACAUGACCAAGAACCAUACUUGCAUAACCACGAGCACACUCGUUCCGAACCUGGUACCACACGGCAUGAUUGGGUUAUCUCAAUAAAAGAUAAGCUCGAGCAAGCAAAUAAACAAGACGGAAGAACUAGCUCGAGCUCAGGCAAGCUCUGUAUUUACAAAGUUCCACAUUACUUGCACCGAGAUGACAAGAAAUUGUAUCUCCCACAGACUGUCUCACUUGGUCCAUACCACUAUGGCCAAGAGAAAACCCGGUCCAUGGAAUGCCACAAAUGGCGUGCUCUUAAUAAGGUCUUGAAACGUACGAUGCUAAGCAUUGAAGUGUUUAUUGACGCCAUGAUUGAGCUCGAGGAAGAGGCUCGUGCUUGCUAUGAAGGGGAAGUAAGCCAAAACCUAAGACGAUGUCCCCACGAACGAGAAGGCAUUGGCGUAGACAAACUCUUGAAUCAAAUGAUACCUUCGGCAACGGAGUUAAGGGCUGCCGGUUUUCAGUUUCGCAUCAGGAUGACUGACCGGUUUUGGGAUAUUAAGUUCAACGAUGGUUAUCUAGAAAUACCAAGUGUAGUGAUCCAUGAAGGUACCAAAUCUCUCUUGUUGAAUCUUAUAGCUUUCGAGCAGUGUCAUGUGGAAUCGAGCAACAAUAUAACAUCCUACUGUGUCUUCAUGAACAAUCUGAUAGAUUCUGCCGAAGAUGCUAGUUACUUUCACGAAUGUGGUAUCCUAGAACACUCGCUAAGGAGUCAUUCGGAAGUUGUGGAUAUGUUCAACCAACUAUGUCAGGAUGUAGUCAUGGACUCCAAGGAUAUUUAUUUGUCUCCGUUGCUGACUACGGUGUAUCACCGUUACCACAAAGACUACAUCAAUAAGUGGCAAAGUACAAUCGAGAUGGACAAGCACUUGGCGACCUUGAAAGAAAGAUAG